CCCUGGUCUGGGGCCUGGACAGCUCCCAGGCGUGGACGUCCACCGGAUCAGCCAACCUUACCAGCAGUGGUCUCUUCUCGUACCGCCCCUGCCUCGAUUGCUAUGGCUUCGAUACGAUUGCCAUCCAGGUGUACGAGGACCGGACUGAUGAUGUCACUGCACUCUACACGUACGGUAACAUCACGAUCGAGGUCUUGUCAACGAAAGACAACCCAGAGAUGUUUCUGGCUCAUUAUGGCUAUGAUUUGUUCCCAACGUUGGCAAGUUACAAGGAGAUCACGAUCGUAGUCGAACAAAAUACUCCAGAGAACGUUGCCUACAGUCCCUGGAUUGGACUGGUUGGUGCGUAUGAUAUUGACGCCAAUGACACGCUCACCGUCAAUAUUCUCCCUCCUUCACAUGGCUCCGUCCUGCUGACUGCCACGACGACUAGCACACCAAGUCUACCGCAGGCCUGUAACGGUAAUGAAAUCGCCGAGGCACUUCCAUGUGACGUCUCCCUCGCCCACGGUGAAGCCUCCUACUCCUGGAAGCUGACCACCCUGGUCUACACCCCGGACAGUCAGUACUACGGUAUGGACGAGUUCAGGGUCAUCAUUGAGGAUUCUGGUGGAAAGUAUUCGGAUAUUUUGAAGGUGACAGUUGCAGUGGCGGAGAAUCCAUGUGUAUCUAACAGUACAUGUGUUGGUCAAACGGACGACAUUGACUGCACGGCCACCAAACGUGCCACCGUCGGCUUCCUCAACGAAUACAGUUGUGCCUGCCUCCCAGGUUGGACCGGCGAUACCUGCGACACAGACUUUGAUGAGUGCAGCAGCGCCCCCUGCAUCUACCCCUAUGCCUGCUUUGAUAAGUUCAACGGUUACGAGUGCGGCUGCCCUCCUGAUUGGUUGAUCUGCGACUCAGGAUUGACGCCACUGACGGUCGGGUUGAUCGCUAUUAUCUUCAUCUUGAUCUGUGUGGUGAUUGGCUUUGUCGUGUGGUACAAGAGAAGCAAACUCAAGGUUGUGCUUGGUGACCUCAUGCCUGUUGGUGGCACCAAGGCCUAUUACAACAUCGACACAAAGCAGAGGAGGACACUGAACAUGGCCAACAAGGGAGACGGUUACUCCAGGGAAGUUCCAAUCUGGACCACCACGUCUGCCAAGAAAUCCAAGGCACUAGAAGCUGGAAUCCUCGAUGAUGAUGUGACACCGCCGUGUACCCCAUCGACUGGUCGGGCACGACGCCCGGAGAGCGUGGACUUCGCCGUCAGGACGCCAGAACCCCCACCAACGGUUCGAAUGACGACAACACAGAUUGAUACAGAGACAGAAGAGGCUCCGUCCCCUGUCUACUUCAAUAAGGCCACGCCCGCGGCCAAGAAUGUGGACAAGGCUGAAAGCAAGAAGCUCCUUAAGCUCUGGAAGGAAAUGAAAGCCAGAAAGUUACCAUCCACGCCUGAACCAUCGUCUCCAACUCCAACCCCCACACCGAAGAAGACUCGCAUCCAGAGUAUCUCCAUCGCCAGGUUGAAGAAGAAGCCGUCCAGGCCAGAGUCAUCGAACUCCACGGUGUCCAAGAAAACAGGAAGAGAAUCGGCUCUGUCAGUGUCAAGCACUGUUAGCUCCGACACGAUGCCUGGAUCGAUGGGAGGAGAUAUCUAG